UUUGUGUGUGUGUGUGUGUGUGUGUGUGUGUGUGUGUCAGGGUCUUGCUGGGUCACCCAGACUGGAGUGCAGUGGCGUGAUCUCGGCUCACUGCAGCCUCAACCUCCUAGGCUCAAGUGAUCUUCCUGCCCCAGCCUCCCGCGUAGCUGAGACUUCAGGCACGCUCCACCACACCUGGCUAACUUUUGUAUUUUUUGUAGAGACGGGGGUCUCCCCAUGCUGCCCAAGUUGGUCUUGAACUCCUGGACUCUUCUGCCUUGGCCUCCCAAAGUGAUGGGAUUACAGGCGUGAGCCAGGGCGCAAGUGUUUCAAAGGCUUUGUUCAAAGAUAAAAAAGAUAAAAUACCUCUCCAGUUUCUGAACAGACAAACCAGAAUUCAGUGUGAUUAAAUGGAAGAAAGGCAAAAAAGAGAACUUUUUAUGGGCACUUAGUUUAUUUUGUUAGGAAAUUUGGACAAGGUUACAUGAUAACUAAGAACACGAAAGCAAAAAACAAAGAAGCACCGCAUGCCGAUGGGAAGAGUGGAACUGAGACGGAGCUGCAUAGGCGUGAGUAUGUCCGUCAGACCAAACACGAGGCGUUGUGAUUUCAUUUUCCUGAGGUCAGUUACUUGGACAGUUACACAGGUGCUGCACCGCUCUCCUAUUUUUCCAUGAGAUAGUUCCUAUGAGUUUGGUAGCUUUUCAGAUGGAAAGACAUGAAACACCAAACAAACACAGCAACAGAGUUCAAGACCAUAGAGGAGGGAGAGACCAGACAGGAUGGGAAGGAUGGGAGUCUUACCUACAGGACAGAUACCUGCAGCCCCUGCCCAGAGGCACGUGCCCUGCCUAGCAGCAGCAUUGCUUCUGGCAGCAGCACUUCUGCUGGCAACAGCCCUUCCCACAGCCACAGCCACACGAGCUGCAGGUGCGGCGGCAGCAGCAGAUUACGGGCGUGCUACAGCAGCCUCCACAGAAGCCGCGGCAGCAGGGGCAGCAGCUGGAGCAGCAGCCCACCCGGUAGCACCUGCAGGUGGUGCAGCUGCCACAGCCACCACCACAACCACCACCGCAGCCACCACAGCCACCACCACAGCCACCACCACAGCCACCACAACUUCCACAACCACAGCAACCCAUGGUGUCAGUAGAGAGGACUCAGGAGAAGUGAGGAGGGAGGACUCAGGAGAGGUGAGGAGGUCUGAUGCCUCCUUCUGCUGGGGGAGGCCCUUAUGUACCAUCUCAGGAAAAGGAAGAGGGAGUGACCCGGGACACAUGACCAGUGGUCACUUCCUCGUUGCUGCUGCAGUUUCCAUGAUAAGGUUAUCUAGGAUUAUUCCUUGUUUACAUCCUUAUGGGCUAUAUUUGACCCAAAACGUUUGCUCAUUUUCACUUGUCUCUGUUAAAACCAGAUUAAAAGCAAGCCAAGAGAUGCUAACAUGUAGGAGAGGAUCUUCAUUUUCUCAGAAACCAGUUGAAUCCUUGAGACUUCGGGUUAAGCCGGAACCCAAGGUUGCUGCCAGCUGCUUUUCCAUCUCUCUGCAAUGGCUUCUCUCCAGGAAAUCACCCUGGUUUCUUGGAAACUCCCGAGAUGCAAAAGAGUAAAUAAGAGCAUCCAAAUAAAACAUGUCGU